AUGGCCGCCGAGAAACUCAGAGAUUUGUCUCAACCAAUUGACGUCCCCUUGCUCGAUGCUACUGUCGCUGCCUUCUAUGGCACCGGAUCUAAAGAACAGAGAACUGCUGCUGACCAGAUUUUGCGGGACUUGCAAAACAAUCCUGAUAUGUGGCUUCAAGUCAUGCAUAUUUUACAAAACACUCAGAAUCUUAAUACCAAGUUCUUUGCCUUGCAGGUGCUAGAGGGUGUAAUUAAAUAUAGAUGGAAUGCAUUACCAGUUGAGCAGCGGGAUGGAAUGAAAAACUUCAUCUCCGAUGUUAUUGUACAGCUUUCUGGCAACGAGGCCUCAUUUCGAACAGAGCGGUUGUAUGUCAACAAACUCAAUAUUAUAUUAGUUCAGAUUUUGAAGCAUGAGUGGCCAGCGAGAUGGCAAAACUUUAUUCCCGAUCUUGUUUCAGCAGCUAAAACUAGUGAAACUAUCUGUGAGAAUUGUAUGGCUAUAUUGAAGCUUUUGAGCGAAGAGGUUUUUGAUUUUUCAAGAGGAGAGAUGACUCAGCAGAAAAUUAGAGAGCUUAAACAAUCUUUGAAUAGUGAAUUUCAGCUCAUACAUGAGUUAUGCUUAUAUGUGUUGUCAGUUUCCCAACGAACUGAACUCAUACGAGCAACACUGUCUACACUGCAUGCUUUCCUAUCCUGGAUUCCUUUGGGAUAUAUAUUUGAAUCAUCAUUGAUCGAGACAUUACUGAAGUUUUUCACAAUGCCAGCAUAUCGAAACCUGACAUUGCAAUGUUUAACCGAAGUAGCAUCCCUUCAAUUUGGGAAUUUCUAUGAUGCACAAUAUGUUAAGAUGUAUAACAUCUUCAUGGUUCAGUUGCAGACCAUACUCCCUCCUACUACAAAUAUGCCUGAGGCAUAUGCACAUGGUUCAAGCGAGGAACAAGCAUUUAUACAGAAUUUGGCACUGUUCUUCACCUUAUUUUACAAGGUUCACAUCCGAAUUCUGGAAUCCACUCAAGAAAAUAUCUCUGCUCUACUUUUGGGUCUUGAAUAUCUUAUCAACAUCUCAUAUGUGGAUGAUACUGAGGUUUUCAAGGUCUGUCUGGACUAUUGGAAUAUCUUGGUGUCAGAGCUUUUUCAGCCAAACCGUAGCUUGGAGAAUUCUGCUGCAGCCGCCACAAACAUGAUGGGAUCUCAGGUGUCAGUAACGCCUCCUGGUAUGGUUGAUGGCCAGCCUCUUCAGCGCCGACAGCUUUAUGCUGGUCCUAUGUCUAAGUUGAGGAUGCUUAUGAUCUGUCGUAUGGCUAAACCAGAAGAGGUUCUCAUUGUUGAAGAUGAAAAUGGGAAUAUAGUCCGUGAAACCAUGAAAGACAGUGAUGUUCUUGUUCAGUACAAAAUUAUGAGGGAAACUCUUAUUUACUUGGCACAUCUGGAUCAUCAGGAUACUGAAAAGCAGAUGCUUGGAAAAUUAAAUAAGCAACUAAGUGAUAAAGAUUUGACAUGGAACACUUUGAACACAUUGUGCUGGGCAAUAGGAUCUAUCUCGGGUUCCAUGAUAGAAGAACAGGAAAACCGAUUUUUGGUUUUGGUCAUUCGUGAUUUAUUAAAUCUUUGUGAAAUAACAAAAGGCAAAGAUAACAAAGCUGUUAUUGCAAGUAAUAUCAUGUAUGUUGUAGGGCAGUAUCCGCGGUUUUUAAGAGCUCAUUGGAAGUUUCUAAAAACUGUCGUGAAUAAGUUGUUUGAGUUUAUGCAUGAAAUACAUCCCGGAGUUCAGGAUAUGGCCUGUGAUACAUUUUUGAAAAUAGUCCAAAAGUGUAGGCGAAAGUUUGUAAUUACCCAGGUUGGGGAGAAUGAGCCAUUUGUGUCUGAACUCUUAUCUGGUCUUCCAACUACAAUUGCAGAUCUUGAACCCCAUCAAAUACACACUUUCUAUGAAUCUGUUGGCGGCAUGAUUCAAGCAGAGUCUGAUUCACAGAAGAGAGAUGAAUAUCUUCAGCGGUUGAUGAUACUUCCAUAUCAGAAAUGGCUGGAAAUUAUUGGACAGGCACGUCAAAAUGUUGAUUUCCUUAAGGAUCAAGAUGUAAUCCGAACUGUGCUUAAUAUAUUGCAGACGAAUACAAGCGUUGCAUCUUCUUUAGGAACAUAUUUCCUGCCCCAAAUCACAUUGAUAUUUUUGGACAUGUUGAACGUGUACAGGAUGUAUAGCGAACUUAUCUCAAAAAGUAUUGCAGAAGGGGGACCUUUUGCAUCUAGAACCUCAUAUGUUAAACUUUUGCGUUCGGUUAAGAGGGAGAUACUUAAACUGAUCGAGACAUUCUUAGACAAGGCUGAAGAUCAACCACAAAUUGGAAAACAAUUUGUGCCACCAAUGAUGGAUCCUGUUCUGGGAGAUUAUGCUAGGAAUGUACCGGAUGCAAGGGAAUCAGAGGUUUUGUCUCUUUUUGCCACAAUUAUAAAUAAAUAUAAAGGUUCAAUGAUUGAAGACAUCCCUCACAUAUUUGAAGCUGUUUUCCAGUGCACACUAGAAAUGAUUACGAAAAACUUUGAAGAUUACCCAGAGCACAGGCUAAAUUUUUUCUCUUUACUACGCGCCAUAGCUACUCAUUGUUUCCCUGCGUUGAUCUGCUUGUCAAGUCAGCAACUGAAGUUUGUUAUGGAUUCAAUCAUAUGGGCAUUUCGGCAUACAGAAAGAAACAUUGCUGAAACUGGGCUCAACCUGUUGUUGGAGAUGCUGAACAAAUUUCAGGCUUCGGAGUUCUGCAAUCAGUUUUAUCGGACAUAUUUUUUGACAAUCGAACAAGAGAUAUUUGCUGUCUUGACAGACACUUUUCAUAAGCCUGGGUUCAAAUUGCAUGUCUUGGUGCUUCAACAUUUAUUUUGUCUGGCUGAAUCUGGUGCCCUGACUGAGCCUCUAUGGGAUGCUGCUACAAAUCCAUAUCCAUACCCAAGUAAUGCUGAUUUUGUACGCGAGUUCACGAUAAAACUUUUAAGCACAUCAUUUCCCAACAUGACUAAUGCGGAGGUUACCCAAUUUGUUAAUGAACUCUUUAAGUCCACAAAUGAUCUCUCCACAUUCAAAACUCACAUACGAGAUUUUCUUAUACAGUCAAAAGAGUUUUCAGCUCAGGAUAACAAAGAUCUUUAUGCUGAAGAGGCUGCAGCUCAGAGAGAGAGAGAACGACAAAGAAUGCUUUCUAUUCCAGGACUUAUCGCUCCAAUUGAAUUGCAAGAUGAAAUGGUGGACUCAUAG